AGUAUAUCAGAAUGUUAAAUUCCUUCAUUUAAUCACUUGCAAUCAGACUAAGUAUGCUUGAGUAUUGAACCUCUGUUCUUCAGACACAUGUACAUCAGCACUAAAGAUACAUAGUAUCGAAAACAAGGACCAAAAAAUGCUUACUCAGAUUUGUAUUAUCUUUCUCUAUUUUACUUUCUUAAUACUUUUGUUCUUCAUAUUUAUGAAGUGGGGGAAAAGGUAUCUAUACUCGCAAACAAUAGCCAGCCCUCAUCCUAAGCAAUGGGCCCCUUUUGUAAAUAACAUUUUGGUUUUAUUAGUCAGCAUGUAAACCCAACCUGUUACUUUUUGUAACUUUUUUCUUCUCUUUGAUGCACCAUCACAUAGUUUCAUUUGAAUAUCCGAUCAAGGCACAAAGAGGAUUAUCCAAUAUUUCACAAAAACGCACUCUUUGGGGGAACUAACAGCUCAUAGACAUGAAUCCUGCAUGACAAGGAUUUAAACAAUGCUUUAUAUUUUAUAAAUGUAGGCCUAUGUUCUUUUAAAGUACAAUCUUAAUCAGAAAAGUGUCAGUCAGUUACAUGUAAUGCACUAAAAAGUAAAUAUUUCCUUAUAAGAUGCAAUCGAGGUAUAAAGUAGCAUACAAUUGAAGUAGCCUAAAGUACCUCAAAACACUUUAAUAAAUGUACCUGACACCUGAAAUGUACCUAUCAUUACCUGACAUGUGUUUGUAAAUGAACAUUGUAACGUGAGGCUCUUUCUCCGGGACGUGUUUCCAUGCGCAGGCCUCUGUUCUCUGUGAAUGGCACGCAGUGGAGGUGACAUUUCUGAGAGGGGUCUCGGGGGGUGUUUUGUGUGCGAUUAGAGCCCGGCCGGGGCGGGGUGGAGUGGAGUCCGGGGUGGUGUACCACAGAUCACAAGUGUCUCUGCCAUUUAGAGUCACCGGCUCUUGUCAGGAAUGUGCGUCCCCUGCGCGCACAGAUCAUGUAUGCGCCCACUUUAUUUUUAACCCGGCAGGGUGGGUCAGUCGCUGGCUUUCGGGAAUGACCGUGGAGCGCGCGGCGCCUACAGCCCCAUUCCCUAGUCCCCCCCGUGCAGGACCGUGCCCUCCUCGCGCUGUGUGGAGACCUCCGCCUGCUCUGACCAGGACCCCCGCUGCUUCAAUGGGAUUAUAAUUGGUUUGUUGGCAGGAAGAAGACUCAAGAUAAACACUUUCCGACAGGAUAUCAUCCAGAAGCAAACUACCUCCAGUAUUCGAGGUCCAUCCUGUCAUUUCGUUCCCUCCACACCCAGACCACCUGAGGGACGCCGCCUGACGUCCCUCUCACCCACUUGCCACGCUGGCUACCGCCAUGACUUCCACCACAGACUUUGACAAUGCGGAGAUCACGCAGCAGUACAGCCGCAUCAACACCCGCUUCGGCCUCACCGACGAGGACCUAGACAAUGACAACACCUCUGCCAGGCUGUUUGAGCGCUCGCGCAUCAAGGCCCUCGCAGAUGAGCGCGAGGCGGUUCAGAAGAAGACCUUCACUAAAUGGGUCAACUCGAUCUUGUCCCGGGUCGGCUGUCGCAUCUCUGACCUCUACCUGGACUUGCGGGACGGACGCAUGCUCAUUAAACUGCUGGAGGUGCUGUCCGGCGAACGCCUUCCAAAACCCACUAAAGGCCGAAUGCGUAUCCACUGUUUGGAGAAUGUGGACAAGGCCCUGCAGUUCCUCAAAGAGCAGAGGGUCCACCUGGAGAACAUGGGCUCCCACGACAUCGUCGACGGAAACCAUCGCCUCAUCCUUGGCCUCAUCUGGACCAUCAUCCUUCGCUUCCAGAUCCAGGACAUUGUUGUGGAAACGGGCCAGGCGGACCAGAAGGAGACGCGCUCAGCCAAGGACGCUCUUCUUCUGUGGUGUCAGAUGAAAACGGCAGGAUAUCCCAACGUCAACAUCAGAAAUUUCACCACCAGCUGGAAAGACGGCAUGGCCUUCAACGCUCUCAUACACAAACACCGGCCAGAUCUGGUGGAAUAUAACAAUCUGAAGAGGUCAAACCCGUCCCACAACCUCCAGAGCGCCUUCAACGUAGCUGAGCAGCAGCUUGGCGUGACCAAGCUGUUGGACCCCGAAGAUGUGUUCACAGAGAACCCAGAUGAGAAGUCUAUCAUCACGUACGUCGUGGCAUUUUACCACUACUUCUCGAAGAUGAAGCAGCUCGCUGUCGAGGGCAAGAGAGUGGGAAAGGUUCUGGAUCACGCCAUCGAGACAGAGAAGACGAUUGAUAAGUAUGAGACGCUGUCGUCAGACCUGCUGACGUGGAUCGAGCAGACCAUCGUUGUGCUGAAGAACCGGAAACUUGCCAACUCGCUGACUGGAGUUCAGCAGCAGCUUCAGGCCUUCAACACCUACCGCACGGUAGAGAAGCCGCCCAAGUUCCAAGAGAAGGGAAACCUUGAGGUGUUGCUCUUCACCAUCCAGAGUCGUAUGAGGGCCAACAAACAGAGGGUCUACACGCCUAAAGAGGGAGCCCUGGUGGCAGAUAUCAACAGGGCCUGGGAGCGUCUGGAGACGGCGGAGCACGAGCGGGAGCGAGUCCUGAGAGACGAGCUGAUCAGACAGGAGAAGCUGGAACAGAUGGCGAGAAGAUUCGACAGGAAGGCUGCCAUGAGGGAGACCUGGCUCCAGGAGAACCAGAGGCUAGUGGCUCAGGAUAACUUUGGUUACGACCUGCCAGCAGUGGAGGCAGCGAAGAAAAAGCACAAUGCCAUUGAGACGGACAUCGCUGCGUAUGAGGAACGCGUUCAGGUCCUGGUGGACAUCUCAAAGGAGCUGGAGUCAGAGCGAUACCAUGACGCCAAACGCAUCGACGUGCGGAAAGAUAACAUCCUGCGCCUGUGGGACUACCUGCAGGAGCUGCUGAAGGCUCGCAGGGCACGUCUGGAUAAGAACCUGACUCUGCAGAGGAUCUUCCAGGAGAUGCUGUACAUCAUCAGCUGGAUGGAUGACAUGAAGGCUCGACUUAUGUCCCCUGACUUUGGGAAACACUUGUUGGAAGUUGAAGAUUUGUUACAGAAACACGCUCUGUUAGAGAACGACAUCGCUCUGCAGGCGGAGAGAGUGCAGGGCGCCAGUGCUGCUGCUCUCAGGUUCGCCAACGGAGAAAGCUACAAGCCAUGUGAUCCUCAGGUGAUCCGGGACAGGGUGCAGCACCUGGACUUGUGCUACCAGGACCUUUGUGCCAUGGCGGCCCAGCGACGAGCCCGCUUGGAACAGUCUCGGCUCUUCUGGAACUUCCUGUGGGAGCAGGUGGAGCUGGAGAGCUGGAUUAGAGAGAAGGAGCACAUUUUCUCCUCCCUGGAUUAUGGCAAGGACCUGACGAGCGUGCUGGUGCUCCAGAGCAAACACAGCGCCUUCGAGGACGAGCUCGGAGCCCGCCGCGCCAACCUUGACCAGGUCUUGGCCGAAGGAGAUAAGAUGAUCCAGGCCAAGCACUUUGGCUCCCCGAAGGUUCAAGAAAGCAUGGACGACAUAAGGAGGCAAUGGCAGCAGCUGGAGGAGCUGGCUGCGUUUCGGAAACAGAACCUCCGGGAUACCCAGAGGUUCUUCCAGUUUCAGGGAGACGCUGAUGAACUCAAGUCCUGGCUGCUGGACGCCAAGAGGCAGAUGAGCAGCAAUGACAUGGGCCACGACGAGUACACCACCCAGCGGCUAAUGAAAAAGCACAAGCACCUGAAGAAUGAAGCAAUGAAGAACGGAGCCACCAUAGAUGCUCUAUCCAAACAGGCCAAUGCGCUGCCAGAGGAGCUACAAAACACCCCUGAUAUCCAGAGACGUCUGAAGGACAUCAGGGACCUGUACAUGGAGCUCAUGUCGCUGGCUGACCUGAGACAGAAGAAGCUAGAUGAUGCUAUGGCCCUGUACACCAUCUUCAGUGAGACGGACGCCUGUGAGCUCUGGAUGGGUCAGAAGGAGACGUGGUUGGUGGGUUUAGAGGUGCCUGAGAAGCUGGAGGAUCUGGAAGUAGUACAGAAUAGGUUGAGCAUUCUAGCUCAAGAUAUGGCAAAUGUCCAGUCGAGAGUUGAUGACGUCAAUAAAGCCGUGAAACAGCUUGAGGACAGCAGACACCCUCGCACCAAAGAGGUCAAAGAAUGUCAGACGCGACUGAAUAAGAGGUGGGAGGCCUUCAAGGCCAUGGUGGAGGACAAGAAGAGGAAAGUGGAUUCUGCCGUUAGUCUGAACAACUACGGGCUGGAGUGUGACGAGACAGAGUUCUGGAUCAAAGACAAGACACGGGUGAUCGAGUCCACACAGGACUUGGGCAAUGACCUGGCAGCCGUCAUGACCAUCCAGAGGAAACUGUUUGGCAUGGAGAGAGAUUUGGCCGCCAUCGACAACAAGCUUACCUUCCUGAGGAAUGAGGCCGAUCAGCUGGCUAAGGACCACCCGGAGAACGCGGAUGACAUCUUGGCCCGCGGAGGGGAGCUGGACGCGGCCUGGGACACGUUAAAGAAGACCCUGAAAGACAGAGAGGACUCUUUAGGCGAGGUCAGCAAAUUACAGACCUUCCUCCAAGACAUGGAUGACUUCCAGUCCUGGCUUUUCAAGACCCAGAAGGCUGUGGCGUCGGAGGAAAUGCCCGCCUCUCUGCCGGAGGCCGAGGAGCAGCUCAGCCUUCAUGACGCAGUGCGUGAAGACAUAAACAACCACGAGGAGGACUAUCACUGUGUAAGGGACACCGGUGCCCAGGUCACCCAGGGUCAGGAGGAUGAUCUUCAGUACCAGCAGCUGGAGCAGAGGCUGAAGGGGCUGGACCGUGGUUGGGUAGAACUGCAGAAGAUGUGGGACAGCAGCAAGAACUUCCUGGACCAGGGUCUGGGCUUCCAGCAGUUCAUGAGGGAUGGCAAAGCUGUAGAGGCCAUCCUCAACAACCAGGAGUACACCUUGGCCCACAUAGACAAGCCCGACAACUUGGCUGGGGCAGAGAAAGCUUUGAAGAAGCAGGAGGACUUUUUGAGCACCAUGGAGGCCAACGAGGACAAGAUUGACGGCACUCUGCAGGGCGGACAGCGGCUAGUGGACGGCAACAACCUGUACUCUGGGAAAGUGCAGGACAAAAUGGCCUCAAUCCGAGACAGGCAAAACAAAAAUAAGAGAAGAGCCCAGGAGGUGUCAGAAAAGCUCAGAGACAACCGCGACCUGCAGCACUUCCUGCAAAACACUCAGGAUCUGACCGUGUGGAUCAACGAGAAGAUGCUGACAGCUCAGGACAUGUCGUACGAUGAGGCCAGGAACCUCCACAGCAAGUGGCUGAAACAUCAGGCCUUCAUGGCUGAGCUGGCCUCCAACAAGGACUGGCUGAACAAAGUAGACGAGGAGGGUCAAGAGCUCAUGGAGUCCAAGCCUGAGUUUGAGCCCAUCGUGAAGGAGCGUCUGGCCAAAGUCCACGAGCUGUGGGACAAGCUGGAGUCCACAACCCAGGAGAAAGCCCGGCUGCUGUUUGAUGCCAACCGCUCUGAGCUGUUUGACCAGAGCCUGACUGAUAUGAAGAAGUGGCUCGGUGGGCUGCAGCAGCAGCUACAGAGUGGCGACAAGGACGUCAAAGACCUGACUAAAGCCAACAUCCUGCUCAAGAAGCAUCAGAUGACAGAGAACCAGGUACGUGACCGGGCGCGGGAGCUGGAGGAGCUCCAGGAGGCCUUGAGGAAGCACAGCGGAGGCAGGGAGGACCAGGCGGAGCUUGAGGCCGAGCAGCAGGCCCUGCAGAGGGACUUCCAGCAGCUCCUCACACCACUGGCCCAGCGCAAGGGCAAGCUGGAGGCCAUCAAGGCUGUCCAUCAGUUCUACAGAGACCUGGCCGAUGAGCUUCUCUGGAUUGAGGAGAGGACGCCCCUGGCAAUGUCACAAGAGCACGGCCACAAUCUUCAAACUGUGCAAAUGCUGCUGAAGAAGAACCAGACGUUGCAGAGGGAGAUUGAGGGCCACCAGCCUCGUGUUGACGAGGUGCUAGAGCGAGGAAGGAGGAUGGCGGCGGCCGCCAGCGCAGAGGGCAGACCGGAGGCAGAGCAAAUCACGGACCAGCUGAAGGAGCUGGAGGAGGCGUGGGUCCGGCUGCAGGACGAGAUGGCCAAGCGCCGGGAGAGGCUGAGCAGCUCCAGCUCGGCCCAGCAUUACUACAACGACGCGGAUGAGGCCGAAGCCUGGAUAGGGGAGCAGGAGCUUUACAUGAUCGCGGAUGAAAAGGCCAAGGACGAGCAGAGCGCCAUGCUGGUGCUGAAGCACCACAUGAUUCUCAAGCAAGCCGUGGAUGACUAUGCUGAUGCCAUUCAGAGGCUGGCUGACCGUGCCCAAAAAAUGUUUGCCGAAGACCAUCCUGAUGGUGAGGAAAUCAUUAGGCGACAGGGCCAGGUGGAUAAGCAGUACGCCGGGCUGAAGGAGCUGGCGGAGGACCGCAGGAAGAAGCUGGACCACACCUACCACCACUUCCUGCUGAGCCGAGAGGUGGACUACCUGGAACACUGGAUCGCAGAGAGAGACAUGGUGGCCUCCUCUCAGGAGAUGGGCCAGGACCUGGACCACGUCACGCUUCUGAGGGACAAGUUCCGAGAGUUUGCGCGGGAGACGGGGAUGAUGGGCCAGGAGCGAGUGGACCUGGUCAACGAGACGAUAGACGAGCUGAUCGAAGCCGGCCACGCCGAGGCAGCCACCAUGGCAGAGUGGAAAGACACCAUCAAUGAGAGCUGGGCUGAUCUGCUGGAGCUCAUCGACACUCGCACUCAGCUCCUCACUACUUCUUACGAGCUGCUCAAGUACUUUGACGAUGGGAAGGAGCUAGUCGCUCAGAUCCACGAGAAGCAGAAUGAGCUGCCCGAUGAUGUGGGAGAGGACUUCAGCAAAGCCGAGUCCUUCCACAGAAUGCACGCCGCCUUUGAGCGAGACAUCACCGCUCUAGGCAAACAGGUUCAACAGUUCCAGGAGACGGCUUCACGGCUUCACGCCCAAUAUGCAGGGGGACAAGCGGACGCCAUCCAGGUUAAAGAACGAGAGGUGGUGGAAGCCUGGAAGGGCCUGCUUGACGCCUGCGACGGCCGCAGGGCGCAACUGGUGGACACGGCGGAGAAGUUCCGCUUUUUCACAACGGUGCGAGACCUGAUGGCCUGGAUGGAGAGCAUCAUCCAGCAGAUAGAGACGCAGGAAAAACCCAGGGAUGUCUCAUCCGUGGAGCUCCUGCAGAAGUACCACCAGGGGAUCCGCUCAGAGAUCGAGGCCAGGGGAGCAAAUUUCAAUGACUGCGUAGACCUCGGCAAGGCCCUGCUGACACGCAAGCACCGAGACUCUGCUGAGAUCAAAGAGAAGCUGGUACAGCUGAUGGAGAAAAGGAAGGAGAUGAUGUUCAAGUGGGACGACAGAUGGGACUGGCUCAGACUCUUGCUGGAGGUGUGUCAGUUUUCCCGGGACGCCUCUGUGGCGGAGGCCUGGCUGAUCGCUCAGGAGCCCUACGUGUCCAGUAGAGACCUGGGCCACACGGUGGACGAGGUCGAGAAACUCCUCAAGAGGCACGAGGCCUUUGAGAAAUCCACCGCCACUUGGGAGGAGCGCUUCUCUGCACUGGAGCGCCUCACUACGCUGGAGCUGUUGGAGCUGAGGAAUCAGCAGCAGGAGAUUGAGCAGUUCCUUAAAGAAGAGCAAUGCUCAGAUAAGGACAGCAGGAGAGAAGACACAGGUUUUGUAGAAGAAUCUUCGCAGCUCUGCACUAUUGAGGAACAGACACUGUCUGGUUCUGGAGCAGUCGAGGCCAGUUCAGGUCUGCUGGAGGAGACAGCCGGUGACUCCACAGUGGCCAUAGUGUCCGAGAUGAGAGAGAGUGGUUCUCUGGAGCUGGAACCCCUUGUGUCAGCGGUGGCCCCGAAAGAACCAGAGAGGGCUGCCACCAUGCCCAUCGAGACCCUCGGAGCCCAGACUGUGCUGCAGGAGGGCAUGCUUGGCCGCAAACAUGAUGUGGAAGGUUCAGGAAAGAAGGCUUCAAAUAGGUCCUGGAACAACUUGUACUGUGUGCUGAAGCCCGGUCAGCUGUCGGCUUACAAGGAUGCCAAGAGCUUUGGCCACGGGGUGACGUAUCACGGCGAGGACCCUUUGUCCCUCAGUAACGCCACCUGGGAGAUCCUCACCAACUACAAGAAAAAGAAGCACGUCUCCAAACUACGUCUUGGAGACGGCAGUGAAUAUGUGUUCCAGUGUAAAGACGAGGAGGAGCUCCAGCGUUGGAGCCAGGCCAUGGAGAAGGCCGUUCAACCCCUGGCAGUGGAGGAGGCGUCGGGGCCCUCAGGGGCCAGAGCCCACAGCCUGCCUCCUCCACCUCCUCCCUCCUCCUCAACUGCACUCCCGGAGCCCAGUUCUGCCAAGAAAGACAAGGAAAAGAAGUUCAGACGCUUUGCCAAAAAGAAGUAAAAAGAGAUGGAAAGGCCAUCAAAAGGGGAGGGGGUUGCCUUGGCAACCUGGAAAGAGAACGUAGUAUUGGUGUACAAUCAGUCAAAGACAGCUUCUUAAUCACUCGAUUUUUUAUAUUAUUUUACAAGAGUAAACACAUUUCUUGUAGUUUAGGCUAAAGCCAUCACUCGUUUGCCUGUAUUUAAGCCAGUGUUUCAUUGCAAAGGUCCACUUUUUCUUCUUCUUUGUGUUGUUUUUAACAAAUGCCAAAUUCAAAGCAAUUCAAUUAAAAGCACAGGAAUGCUCCUUUCACACUCAACCAAAGAAUGUUUGUAAAACUUUUUCUUUAGCUGCGUUUUAUUUGCUUUCGUAUGGCAUGCUCUGAUAUAGCCAUGUACAAUAUGAAGGCCUGUAAUGAACACGGGGUGACCCAAGAGUACGAAGGAGUACUUUUAUUAAUCUGCCUUAUACAAUGGUUGUGAACUGUAAUACUGUGCUGGUUGAAUUUGGAGCGCUCAAUGCUACUUACAGAACCAGAGUGAGUUUAACAGACUUUAAAAAGCUUUGUAAAUGCAGAGUAAAGACUUGGUGAAGAGCUAAACCGUAGUACAGUGCGCGCACACACACACACACACACAAGUGUAAUUGCAGGCAUGCAAACUAAAUGCUCUAUGCACUGUGAAGGGUUCGACUGUUGAGAUUUUAAAAUGGUCACCGAUGAAAUAUGAUCGGUCACGAGACACAAGUUGUGAUUAUUGAUCGUAUUAUUGUGAGUACGGUCGUAUUCUCAACUGAACUGUGGCGGUAGUUAUUUCUGUGAACUUUAAAUAUAUUCAACACUUGUGUAUUGAACCCUCCAUUUCAUAUCUAUUCAUUAACAUAUAUACACAAACAGUAUAUAUAUCUACAGCUGCAUGAAGUAUGUUUUACGUUGGUUUGAUAUGGUGCUAUUGUGAUAUUCUUGAACCCUCAGUCAAGACCACACUUGACCCGCCUUAUUUGUCUUCAACUUUGGCUUGUAGGGACACGCAUUAGAACUUGUAUUGUGUUAGCAGAUAUCUGGGGGGUGUUUCUUAAUAAAAACAGCUCUUAUUGUGGAAAGCCUGACUUGAAAUGAACUGGACCAGGAUUAAUCGGUUUCCUAAAGUCAAGUGUGUUUUACUUUGAAACACAGACCCGAGACACGAAGCACUGACGACAUUCUUUGUUCAUCUGCGAUGUUUGCUGCCACAGAGCGCCACAUAUUCUACAUAAUAUGGAGAGUAAAAUAUUAUUUAAAAAAUUAACAAAACCACUGCCGGACUCGGACAGUAAUGUGAACUUUCUUUGUAUAAUAAGUGCAACACAUUAACGUAAAGAGGAAAGUUGACGUAUAAAGAUGCACGCAAUAAGACUCCAGCCAGGUUACUUAUGGCAAUAGUUGGAUAAUGCUACUUGGUUUGGACGAGUUAAAUAACAGCCUCCAUCUGGUGAAAUGCCGUCGGAUUGGCUGCCGGCCUCAAAAGUUAUUUAAGUGACAUUUAAAGAGGAAACAGAUGGUGAAGAAGCUGCAAACCACGAGUACAGUCAUGGGUCAAAGUUGUUUCUUAGCCUUCAUACUAGUUGCAGUGCAUUUAAAUGAACACGUGUUAGCUGGAAUUGUGACUGAAGAAUAUAAGAGUUCAAAUUUUAAGUAUGUAAAAAGAGCAAAAUGUGUUAAAUUUAACAAGUACUAGCGUACAAAACACUGGGUUCAGCCUGAGGUGAAGCUAAACUAACCUGACAAACACCAGGCUAGUCUGGAAGGUAACGUUUCCAUGGUCCCCUAGGUGAGAAUUGCUUUAUUUAACUGGUAAUCUUGCUUUAUGAAACACCCCUUGGAUAUCAAACACUACAUUUUAUGUGCCACAAAAGCAGAGUGUUAAAUUAGAGCCAACUAGAAAUUAAACCAGGCGUUCUUGUAAAAGCAGAAAACCAGCCUGGACCAUUAUUCAACCAGAUUUACGUAAACGGCCAAAGUCAAGGACAAUCCGUGGGUCGGCUGAAUCAAACCACACAGCAGGACCAGGCAUGCUCUUCAUCUAAGGCGAGGAUCAUUCAGUAGCAGUAUGGAGCUGAGGGAAUGUGUCUUUAAUAUGAAUGUAAAGGAGGAAGUGAGAAUCUGGUACUUUUCCACAAUAAAGCCAUUAUAGAAUAAGACAGUUUGAGUCGAUACACGGGGAGUAUAGAGUACGUGGAGCUGCAUUUAUCGACGUUAACUUAUCACAUUCACUCACCCACUGCCGUCUUGCCUUGUACUGUGGGCUCCGUCCCCGAACCACGAUCCAACUCAAGUGACCUCAUAGGAAUGAUGGAAGUUAGGCGUAGAAAGAUGGAGACUGUUCAGCUCAAGAGGAAAUAUGGUAGCAUCAUGAUGAUCUGUCUAGAUUAUUUACAUAUAGAAAAGGAAAAAUAAUGUUACAUCUAUAACCUUCUUGUGGCCAUCUUAACAAAUACAGAUGUUUUUCAGCUUCCAGUACCAGUAAUCACAUCUGUUAUAAAAGCACCUUUAAAUGGUUUGGGGAAACCUUUAUUCAGUCUUGUUUUUAUUGGUCACUAUCUACAGGAAUUCAGAUUCCAACACUUCCUACUCUGUCACCUCCACUUUGUUUAUUCCUCCACUUCUUCCUGCUUUUCCUGUUCAGUGGUUUUUAAUCUGCCUUUUGUACUCUCUAGCUAUGUAAAAUAUCCAAAAGAAUGAUGUUAUAUGAUGAAAUAUCAAAUACAUUUUGAGAGAAUAAACUUUAAAAUAAACUUCUGAAUCUAUACAGUUUGGGUUUAUUUAUUGUCAUUUGAAUCUCUUUCCUUAAUGUCAAACUCAUGUCCACAGUUGUACCUUUGCAGAUGUUUAAUGAAUACUGAUUUCAUUCUAAUUGUUAAUGCAUUGAAAAUGUCCAAGAAUGUUCAUUUCAGAAUAGAUUUAUUGAAUAAAAACAACUUAACAGAGGCAGGUGUUAAACAACAGGCACUUUGUUAAACAGUCAACUGCUAACCGAGCUAAUUUCAGAUGAUACGAGCUGCAUAUGAACAUCGUGAAAAUCAACAAAAAGGUUGGAUUUACAUUCCAGUGGCUGUUUGUGAAACAAUGAAUAAACGGCCUGAAGACAGCGA